CCGAUUCCUUCCAGCUCCCUCCUUGUCUUUCAGACUUCAGUUUCAGUUCAGUUCAGUUCGAGUUUGUUUGUGCAUGCAUGAGUAUGCAUAUAUCACUCUGUUGUGAAUAUGAGUGAGGUUGGUGAUGAUGUUAGAGAGAGAUCUCCCCUGCAUGAACUGGGGGAGAGGGAGUGGCCGGUUGAGGGAGGGAGGGACAGGUUCAGGAUCAGGGUUCGGAGGAAUCUCUCCAGCAAGGGUCCCACGGUAAAUCGUGCGAAACCAGUUCGAGUUCUUAAUCCAGUAGCUCAACCAAAACCUGCCAAACAGAGAGUAAACAAUCCGUCCAAAACAUCCAAUUCGUCCAACCCAUCCUCUCCAGACUGUACCCGGAGACCUACUCCAGGAUCUCCGAACCCAGGACGGAACAAAACAUUUCUCCAACGUCCGUCCCGGCUUCCCGUUGUAUCCGUGUACAAUCCUAAAUCCUUAUCUCCAAGUAUUAUACAGCACACGGAGCUGAAACCCAACCGUCCCACCAACAAAUACCCCCUUCAGCCAGGUUCUUCUCCAGGUUUACCUUACUCUUCCUCUCCAUCCACCUCUCUACCAGCGAUAUGCUCCACUAUUGGAGAUUCCGACCAGGUGGCUGUAUCUCCUAUGGAUGCAAGCACCCUGAGACAAUAUAUAUCUUCUUCCCGUCCUGAUAGACAUGUAUCCUCUCCUAAACGUGGAGAUGUUACAAGAAGAGUUCCUUCGCCAAUCCUUAACUCUUACAGGAGAUCACCAAGCGUCUCGCGCCCCAGCAGCCCCGGUCAGCAGGCCGGUCGACCUACCAGCCCAGGUAGAAGAGGAAGUCGUCCACCAAGUCCUUCAAGACGAAGUAGUAGACCUCCAAGUCCGAAACACUCACUUAGAAGACAUCCUUCACCGAGUCAGUUAGAUCCGCAUCAGGCUGAGGCCCUGAGAAUGAGGAUAGGUAGGUUGAUGACGGUUCGGUUGUAUUUGCUCCAGCAGGUUGGAUCAAACUCAUUCCUAGUUGCAGGGACGGAUCAAACAAGCGCUAAGGAUCAUAGUUCUAGGGAUCAGAAUUCAAGGGAUCCAUCCUUCAAGGAGAGUAGGGAUCAAACCCAGCUCAAGUACAAAGUUAACAUAGGACCACAGGUUUGUAUUAAAGUUUUUUGUUUUAUACUGAAGAGAAGAUGCAAUUUUUGGAUUAGAUUAUUAAAAUUAUUUUUCAGGUCGAAGGUUUUGGUAAAAAAGUAUUCUUUUUAAAAAAGCAAAAAAACUCA